AUGGCUGCUACCAUUCUCCACGUUAUCUACGCUGGUCGUGGCGAUGCCAUGAUUCUCGAAUACAAUGACUGGCAAACCGGCAAUCCAAGUUUUAUCCUCGUUGAUGGCGGCCCCAAGAAUUACGUCGCCUAUCAGAAUCGAGAAGCUCCCUAUCAUCGAUAUCUUUCGUCUGCCUGCCGGAAGAUCAUGGGUCAGAACAGCACUUUCGCUGGUAUGAUCUUUUCACAUCCCGACGAGGAUCAUUAUGGCGGCUAUCUGCACGCUUUAAAACGCGACCCGGUUCCCACCCAGAGCGUGUUUAUCCCAAACGUCGAGUCUGAUCAGGACAAUUCCAAUAAGCCAAUAGCAGACAUGUGCACCAGAGCCGGGUUACGAAGAGGAGUUUUGCAUCACCAGGAUGCGCUAUACCUGAUCCCCCCAGUUAAAGCCAUAUACCCCCCAAGACAAUGUAUUGUUUGGUACCGCGGAAAUACAGGUCGUCCCGAGGGUCAUGACCUUUAUUACAAUGAGAACCUCUCAACUAAUAAACGCAGCAUUCUUAUGUACACCGUAACACCCAAUUCGAACGGAGAGAUAGGAAUAUUCUUCACAGGAGACAAUCAUGCCGACAUCAUUUCUGCACAAAUGGAGGCUGGGCUACCAUCUAGAACCCCAAGAUUUGCAGUCUACAAGAUACAACACCACGGAUCGCUUAAGGAUAACAUGAAACAAUUCUCCGAACCGAAAUACUCGGACGACGUCAAGGCUUUAUGCUUCCUCUACUUCCUUCUCAAGGUUAAGCACAGAACUGCAUAUCUACCCCACAAGAAAGACGUAAUAGGCGCGAUCGAACACGCCGCCGAUCACUUGUGGAAGAAGAUUUUGCCAAAGGAAAUUACGAAUUCCUAUUUUACUCUGCUUGAAACUACCGUCAAACAGAUCAAGACAAAAACAUUGGAAAACUUGAUUCCGCCGGCAGAGAACGAGGAUAAGCUCUUGAUUGACCUAACUCUCGGUGCCGAUGAGGACUUACGAAAGGCCAAGGGUUUUGUGGACAAGCUUAACCAACAGCUUGACAACCUUAGGAGUAUUCACCGGGACAUCUGGAUCGCCUUUCGGAAACAGCAUACCACUGACGAAUUCCUGACAUAUAUGCAUGUUCGCUGCGUUAAAAAGUUCUAUUCAACCUUCGCGGCAGAUGUAUAUGUCGUCAGCGCCAAUCGAACUAACGGGCACCCUCGAUCUGAAGUACUUGUUGGACUUGCUCUCGCAGUUAAGGAGCAGAAACGCAAGGCCCGAUUAUACGUUACCAGCGGUAAGAGCAUCGAUAUUGGCCAGAUAACCAAGAUCUUACACCUUGUUGACGGGGGCUCGGUCACUGAACUGUUCUGUGGACAAUUCCUAAAGAUCUCCUAUCUGAGCCGCGGUUCAUACAUGUCCCUGGAAGGGGACUAUCAGGAUGUGCCGAUGACCAAGCGUGAUAUUGGAAACAUGACUGAGGAGAUCGAGUUCUCUAAUAACUCCCAGAAGAUUUACAGAGACAGGCUGAAUGUCUUGCUCGAGCGGACGGACCCUGGUCGUGUCUUGAGCACCAAGAAAUAUCAACUAAGGUAUUUUAUGAACAAGUCAUGGCGGUAUCUGUAUCUCAAGCUUGUGAACGGGGAAAUGAAAUGGAGCAUCGAGAGAAACCAACGGUUCAUAUGGAUCGACACGCAGGGUCUCAACAUUAACAGAAACCAAGAAUUCCAGAUAAGAUGCCGAGAUCAGAGGUUUGGUAUCGGUUCUAGGACAUUUCAAUGUUCAUGGGCAAGAACUACCGUCGCGGGGGAUGUGUACUACAUUGCAGAUCCUAUGUCGGGCGAGAAAUUGCAUCAUGUCCCUGGCGGAGGUAUUGACUUUACCACCAAUAUUCACAACGAGACUCUGGCUGCAGCCCGUCUCGAACUUGCUCCAACACAGUUCUUACCUGAGACGAAUUCUCUUCAAACGGCACUCUCUGGGGAUCUGGAAGACGAUACAAACCUUAUUGAAGCCCUUCCACCGCCCCGAUUUAACGUUGCAAUGGAAGCAGCGGCCUCUAGCACUCACCAUUCACUGCGCGAGGCAUUGGGGAUUCUCAACGACCCGAUCAAAGACAAACCGAAACCCAAUAUGAUAGAGAUCCUGAGCUGCUUAUACCGAGACCAUGAUACGUUGACUACCGCCCUUCGGAGACUCCCCGAGGCGCUAUUAAAGAUUGGGCUAGCCACUUUCGAAGUCGAUUUCGAUGAGUCUACCGCUACCAUCGACUCACAUCCCCUUGAAGGGAAGGUCAUUGGGAGUGCUGUCUUGCAUCGAGCAAAGGACGAAGCAGGAAAAGGUAAUGCUGUUGAUGUCGAAAUGGCUGCAUUCGAGUUUCAGCUCAGGGACAUUGUUGUCAAGGUUGACAAGUGUUGUUCCCCACAGGUGAAUCUCACUGUCGAAUCCGAAGCGACUUUGAAGGAAAAAGGUAUUGACUUCAAGAUGGCCUGGAAGGCGUCAGAGGAGGAGACCGUGAUCUCUUUCAGUUCCAGCGUGAUCGCCAUCAAGGAUCUCGUCAUCGCUCUCGUCGGCACAAAAUUCGACCCUGAGGAAAUUCUACAGGGAGAUAUUCCCCUCAUGGGCAACUCCUCGGACGGCACCUCUGCACCGUCCAUCAAAGGCCUGGAGGCGGGAUCAAUGUCCGAGAUAGGGUUCUGUCUCAGACAGCCGAUUGAUCUGGUCGACACGUACAACUUGGCCGAUAUCUGGGUGCGCACCAAGUCGUCAGAUUGGCAGAACUUCUUGCCGGCGCCCAAUAACUUUAAGGACAUUGAGGGUGGAGUCUUGAUCCGUAUACUUGACCCCUUACACCUGAAAACAUCGAGGAUCACUACCAGUAUCCAAUUAUCUAUGCCGCUCUUAAGCAAUUCCAAGAGGAGUAUCACGGCACAGUUUGACGCUAUACCUUUAGCCAGAGCUGGUGACUACGAUUAUCGAUUCCAGAUUACCUCUGCUGAUCACGGAGUCACGGUUACUGAUAUCGUUGACGCUAUCGGUCUCACCAAUGUUUCAGAGCAGAUCGAGGCAAUACCUGUGUUGGACCGUGCUUUCAAGGCAGUAGAAGUCAAAGAGGCCGGGUUUUCAAUAGUCAAGGUGCAGAGCAAAUGGGGAUUUCUCGAGUGGGACUUUGACCUCUGUAUUCCCUUCUUUGAUCUCAUUCCUGGAUCUCUGUCGUUGGUAGACGCUGUGAUAAGGGUCGAGUGGCAUGGAGAUGGGGAUAUGCAGGCGAAGGGUGAAGCUACCUUCCGAAGCGAAAGACUUGAGAAAGAGGCACAAGUCUCACUUAGGCUUCCAACGGCAAGGGAACUUGGGUACAUCAUCUUCUCAUCUCCUGAUGCCAUCAGCCUAGAUGAUGUUUUUGAUAUCUUCGGGCUCGGAACUCUGCCAAACAUACCGUUUCUUAGUGGAAACAACGCAAUGGAGUUGGCGUACUGCGAUGCAAAGUUUGAACAGGUUGAAAAAGGAAAGAUUUCCAUCCGUUCAUCGACCAUCAAGUUUCAGAGGGAAGAGCUGGAAGUUAAAGACUUCAAGCUUCAAGAUUUAGAGUUCUCAUUAUCGUGGCAAAGUGGACAAAAAAGGGAUGGAGAGGGCAAGGCCGAGUCGAUCAUAUCCUUUCAAGUAUCAGCUUUGCUCCCGAUAAAGAACAUCAAAUCUAUGAUGUUGGUGAAGUACGAUGGCGAGAAAAAGGUGUUGACGGCUUCUAUCACACCCGUCCAAGGCUUUCCCAUGAAGGUUUCAGACUUGUUGAGCCUUCUGAUUCCUGGAGUCGAUAGUGUGCUCCACGCGAGGCUCGGCGAACUGGAGAUCAAGAUCGUGGAGAUGUCUCUAGAUGUCACCACGGGCUCCCCGUCUUCGUUCAAACUAGAGAUGAGGGACGAUGCAGCUCUUCGACUCCCGUCAGCUACAGACGCCAAGUCCUUUACUGUGGGCUCAGUGAGAGUAGAGUAUGCCAAAGAUACGAGCAAGCUAGAUGUGUUUGCUGCGCUGGUGAUUGAAGGCAUCAAAACAAACAUUAGCCUUGUGACCUCUACAAACUCACCAUCCGCGGAGGGUUCAGUCGAAUUCGGUAUAAGUUUAGAGAAGGGCGAGAAGGAGCUUGGGCUAUUGGCUCUCCUUGCCGCAGUGGGAAUUAACAACGUCGAGAUACCACGGCCAGAAGGAUGUCCAGAGUUUACCAUUGGUACGGCGAGUAUCAAGGGCAAAUUUGUUGAUAAGGACCAGUCUGGUCUUAAGUUUGCACAGCUAAACGUGCACAUCGAGGUAGCGAGAGUCUCAAUGUCUGAUUGGGAUAUGUCUAUGGACUGCAUCCACCUUGACGUUGCCUACAACAAGUCUCUUGCUGAUAAAGCGUUCUCAGCAUUGGUCUCGGGCAAGCUUACAAUUGCAGAUUCUGCAGAGAUGACGAUCAAUUAUGUUGGCUCAAAGGAUGUUUUGGAGCUCCAAGCCAGCCUGAGUUUCGUCAAGGAGGAAAAGGCCAAGGUAAAGUCGAUCUUGGAGUGGCUUACUAUCGAGUCCAUCGAAGAUUCUCUACCUUCCUUCAUUGCGGAGGCAGCGAUUGAUGUAAGGGCGUCAAACCUUGGAAUGUCACUUAGCCGCCACAAGGGAGAGGGAAGUUCUACCAUUACAGUGUCCUUGAGCUUCACCGUGGAAUCUGUAACGGUUCAACUUGCAAGAACAAGAACUCGGCCGGAUGGCGUAAAGAAGGAGGACAAACUGCCAUGGAAGACAGUCCUCAGACUUGCAGUCAACACACUUCCACGACCACCGCCGUUACCUCUGAUCGGCCAGAUGGAACAGCCUUUCUCUACUCAGAUCUACUGGACCAACAGUGACAUCACGAUCCCCGAGGUUGAAAAGUUGAACAGCCUCGCUACUUUCAGUCAGCAGAAGCUCCUCCUCUCUAGUCGAGCAGCAGACAAUUCUGCUUUCGGUCAGGGCUUAUCAUUUUUGCUGCUGAACAAUGACAGUAUCAUUCUUGCCUCCAAGCCUAAGAAAGCCAGGAAGACAGAGGGUCCUUCUGGCAAGGCGAUGCUGGUUCUGGAGGAAGAAAGCCCGGAGUCUACAGAGACAACAAAGUUCGACAAGAGGGUGAAUGGUGUUAGUAUCACAAACGUUGGGCUUGACUACGAUGCUAAGGGGCAGAAGAUCAAAGUCAAGUUCACAGCUCGUAUGACCAUUGGCCCGAUGGAUGGCGAAUUGAUCAACUUCAGCAUGAUCAUCAAGCUACCACGAGGCGAAAGUAUAGACUUGAGUGAUUGGAAGAAUCUGGACAUCGGAAUGGGUCUCGACGGACUGUCCCUCGCAAUGACAGGCUCCAACCUCGAUGUCGCUGGCACUUUGCACCGCAUCAAGGUCGAAGGGGAGGACAUCUCCAUUGCAGGCUUUGAAGGUGGAGUCAGUGUCAAGCUCAAGAAGUACCAAUUCGUCGGUUUUGGCUCUUACAAGACCAUUAAAACCAACCAGGAGGAGUUUGUGUCUCUCAUGGCCUACGCAAUGCUACAGGGCCCGAUGCUCAAAACAGGUCUUGUUGAACUGACCAGCAUCAGCGGCGGCUUUGGAUUCGGUUCGAAGCUCGAGAUACCAUCUAUUACUGAGAUUCACAAAUUCCCGCUGCUUAUAGAUCCUGAAGCUGAUCCGAUGGUCAUGUUUGGCAGACUUCGAGGGACAGGUGGCAAGAAGUACAUGACUGAGACGAAUGGCGCAAACUGGGUCGCUGCUGGCGUUACGGGCACGGCUUGUGAAAUCAUCGACGUUAAAGCUGUCCUGACUAUCCCACUGGAUCCUAGCGCCGGUGAGUUGGCUGUCGUUGGUACAGCGUCUGCACAGUUCCCCCGAGAUGCAAAACCUGGCAAGGCAAUUGCAGCAAUCAAGAUCAAUUUUCAAGGCAGUAUCGACAUGUCUCGCGGCUCUAUGCUUUUCGAAGGAAGGAUUGCUGAUGGGUCAUUCAUCCUAUUUGAUGACUGCGUUCUCACAGGAGGAUUUGCUGUUGGAGCGUGGUUCGGCACGAGCCCACAGGCUGGAGAUUGGUGUAUCAGCAUUGGCGGCUGGCAUCCAGCAUAUCAACCGCCAUCCCAUUAUCCCAGUGCACCUCCGCGCAUGAGACUUCAGUGGAGCUAUGGAGAUAACAAGGAGCUAUCGCUAGACGGUCAAGCUUACGCUGCAGUGACUCCAGAUGCGCUCAUGGCUGGACUGGCUGUUAGUGCUAGCUACAAGAGCGGCCGGUGCGGUGCACACUUUGACUUCCGGGUUGACCUGAUUCUUUGGUUACACCCAAUACACUAUGACGCCCGUUUCUUUAUAUCAGCGGGUUUAUCGUAUGAGGCGAACGCUCUGAUCAUGACUGUGCCCCUGAAGAUUACUCUGAGCGCUGAAUUACACAUCAGCGGACCGCCGUUUGGCGGUGAAGUUUUCUUCGACUGGACAGUUGUCUCAUUCAGUGUGAAGUUUGGUGAGCGGCAGAUAAAGUUGGAGAAGUUAGGUUUCCACGAGUUCCUUGAUGUUGUUCACAGGAAGUCGGAGAAAGAUCAUGUGCUGUCGCUGGAGUCUGGAGCUAUAGCACCUAGCAAAGUUCCAAUUACUGCACAGACUCCAGACUCGGCGUGGGUCGUACGUGGGGGCUCAUUUGCGUUCAGUGUCACAUCGCGCGUGCCUACGAAGAAGAUCAAGUUCUUGAGUGCCUUGGGCCCAGAGAGAGAGGUUAGUGGCCGUAUUCUUGCCCGACCUAUGCAGCUCCCAGAUGGCUCCUCAGGGUUAAGAGCCGACAUGGAAGUGUCUAUCUUCAAGAUGAACGAGCAUGGUGAUGAAGAGGUCAAAGACUUUACUUUUGAAGCUAUCAAUGAGCAACUUCCUGCCUCGCUUUGGGGCCCAUUUGACGAUGAUGCCAACGGCAUGCUUGGCGGUGCCUCCCGUGAGAGCACUGUAUCACACGUCACGGGUCUACGGAUCCAGGCUCCCGCGUCCAAAUUGUCAGAGCAUAACCCUCCGAUCGUCUAUUUCAGUACAUUGACUGAGUCCAAUGCUGUCACAAAGUAUCUGGAGACGGAUGAUGAGAGGGAUGUUAGUUUGGAUGCAAAACCUAGAGCGAAUCAGAUGGGACAGGACAACGGGAAGGUGGACUUGGACCUUGCCACCGAAGCACUUCUGGGUAGCAGCAAGGAUGGCUUGAUUAUUGAUAUCAAGGCUAGAAACGAGCGUAGAGCGGCCAUCUUGGGGCAAUGGGCAGGACUAAGAAAGCUCAAGGGGUCGGAUGGUAUCAAGAGCGACGUUCCGUUGAGGUUCGCCAAAGGGAUCGACCAUUUCUCGCAUGUUGUUCCUAGAGUCACUCUAAAUUAG